AUGGCUUUACGUCAACCCCCAAAUCCAAAACAUACCACCGACAGACAUGAAACGGACUAUGAGCGGUGGCUUAAAGAUCACGAUGACCAUUACCAACCGGAGGGGAAACCGCAAUACCAUCCAUCCGAUGUCGAGAGUACAACGCAAAACGGAGAUGACGAUGAAAUCGAUGAUACUACACCCGGAGAAGAAGAUACCACGACCAAAACAAAAGCAAAAACGAAGAUAAAUGUCUCGCAUGGUUAUGCGGAGAAUGUCCAUGUCGAUGAUGAUGGCGCUGUCGUGCGAGUUUCGCGGUAUGGGUCGAUUAUGUACCCGAGUAAACAUGAUGCUGUAUCUAUGGGGGCGGCGAAUCAUCUUGGUACAGGUGCUGGUGUGAGCAUGGAUCAUACGUUUCUACGAGUUGAGCAGAGAGAGUCCAUGGAUUGGGGUGGGGUUUUAGGAGGAAUCGACAACAACGGCAGAGGCACCAGCGGGGGCAGCAUAUCGAUGGGAUAUCUUCUGAUCGGAAAGGACUUUAUGGAGACAGUAUAA